GCUGGCUCUGGGGCCGCGACCACUGGUGUCUCAACGGGAGUUGCAGCUGCAGCUGGGUGGUGCAAUCCCCAGUCGGCCCGAUCUUGGCCGGUGUGCAAGCGCACUACAGCAGGCGCAGCCCUGAGCCUCGUUGCGCGCUCCUGCCCUUCACUGGGCUCCCCCUGGUCACUAAGGCGCAGCUAGCCGCUGCAGCUGACAGGGGCCGAACGCGCGCGCGGUAGCCGGUGGGGCUGCAGCUGCCGCACCUGCGCGGGCGGCCGGUGAAGGAUCCCGGCCCGGCUGAGCAAGCAGCGAGAAUCGGGGAGUGGGUACGGGCGCAGGCGGAGGCCGGGCAGGGCCACCUCCUCACCCUGCGACCGGCGCUGGAAGAUGUCUCAGGAGAGGCCCACGUUCUACCGGCAGGAGCUGAAUAAGACAAUCUGGGAGGUGCCCGAGCGCUAUGAGAACCUGUCCCCUGUGGGAUCCGGUGCCUAUGGCUCCGUGUGUGCUGCUUUUGACACAAAAACCGGGUUACGUGUGGCAGUAAAGAAGCUCUCCAGGCCAUUUCAGUCCAUCAUUCAUGCCAAACGGACCUACAGAGAGCUCCGGUUACUUAAGCAUAUGAAACAUGAAAAUGUGAUCGGCCUAUUGGAUGUAUUUACACCUGCAAAGUCUCUGGAGGAAUUCAAUGAUGUGUAUCUGGUGACACAUCUCAUGGGGGCAGAUCUGAACAACAUUGUGAAAUGUCAGAAGCUUACAGAUGACCAUGUACAGUUCCUUAUCUACCAAAUUCUCCGAGGUCUAAAGUAUAUCCAUUCAGCCGACAUAAUCCAUAGGGACCUAAAGCCUAGUAAUCUAGCUGUAAAUGAAGACUGUGAGCUGAAGAUCCUGGACUUCGGACUGGCUCGCCAUACAGAUGAUGAAAUGACAGGCUAUGUGGCCACUAGGUGGUACAGGGCUCCCGAGAUCAUGCUGAACUGGAUGCAUUACAACCAGACAGUUGAUAUCUGGUCAGUGGGAUGCAUAAUGGCCGAGCUGUUGACUGGAAGAACCUUGUUUCCUGGUACAGACCAUAUUGAUCAGUUGAAGCUCAUUUUAAGACUCGUUGGAACCCCAGGGGCUGAGCUCUUGAAGAAAAUCUCCUCAGAGUCUGCAAGAAACUAUAUUCAGUCUUUGACCCAGAUGCCGAAAAUGAACUUUGCAAAUGUAUUUAUUGGUGCCAAUCCCCUGGCCGUUGAUUUGCUGGAGAAAAUGCUGGUUUUGGACUCAGAUAAGAGGAUCACAGCAGCCCAGGCCCUCGCACAUGCCUACUUUGCUCAGUACCACGAUCCUGACGAUGAACCAGUGGCCGAUCCUUAUGAUCAGUCCUUUGAAAGCAGGGACCUUCUUAUAGAUGAGUGGAAAAGCCUGACAUAUGAUGAAGUCAUCAGCUUUGUGCCACCACCCCUUGACCAAGAAGAGAUGGAGUCCUGAGAACCUGAUUUCUGUUCUGUUGAUCCCACUUCACUGUGAGGGGAAGGCCUUUUCAUGGGAACUCUCCAAAUAUU